GGAGCUCCAUUGAUGAUUGCUUUUUACUAGUCAUCAGGCAUGAGCUCAGCUCAGAGUUACCAUACUCAGAGUCGACUUAUCUAACUCACAUCAGCUGUUCUUGAAAUGAAAACUCAGCAUUUCACUUCACAGGUGACCUUGUUCAAGAGCAAAAGGAGGAUCCUACACUUCAGGCUUUGUAUUGCCAGGUACUUCCGGACCAUGAAGUGGAGAGUGCAACCUGUUGUUAUUUUCUUCAAAAAUGGGCUUUUGUUCUGCCGGCUAAGCUAAGACCCCUGGUACUACAGAUUGCUCAUGAUGGCGUGUCAGGCGUGUUACCUAGGGGAGCCCCACAGAUGGACAUGCCUUUCCCAUUGUAUGUGGACGCUAGCACAGUGGGAACGGGGGCUGUCCUCAUGCAGACUAAUGACCAUGGUGUUGACUGUCCGGUUAGAAACUGCCGAUGCAAACAACAGAGCAGAGGAGCUGUGGAGAGAACAACAGAACAGACAUGAACAGCUUCUUGUCAAGGGAUGUCCAGGUGAAGAGCAUGGAGCAGACAGUGAAACAUGCUGAGAAGUACCUGGGAGAGAUCUGCUUGCUGCUGGCCUCCUACACCAGGAAGACAGCCAAGCUCAGAGACAAGGCAGACCUGCUGGUGGCUCAGCUCUUUGACUUCUCCAGGACUGAGGACCCUGAGGUUCAGACUGGCCUUCGAAACCUAGCUGAAGACCUGGCCAUGGUGCAGGACUACAGACAGGCUCAGGUAGAGAGACUGGAAACAAGAGUAGUUUCUCCACUAAAGUCCUAUGGAGAUGUAGUCAUCAGUAAGAGGGCAGAUCUGAAGAAGUUUAACACUGAUCUGAACAGAGAGCUGAAAGAGUUGCAGAAAUUGGAGAAAAUUCGUCUGAGGAACCCAGCAGAUCGACAGAGCAUUUCUCAGGCAGAAGUCAACGCUCAGAAGGCUUCCAACAAUGCCCAGCGCAGCAUCAGACAGCUGGAAGAGACCAUCACAGACUUCCAGAGACAAAAGCUGGAGGACAUCAAAAGGAUUUUCACAGACUUCAUCACAGUGGAGAUGCUGUUCCAUGCUAAAGCGCUGGAGGUCUAUACACACACUUACGACAACCUGGAGGCAAUGAACACUCAAAAGGAUCUGGAGCUGUUUAACGGACGGAUCCAGAUGUCUGACUCUGUGAGUGGGCACCUGGACACCCCACUGAGCAGCUACUCUUCUCCUCUCAUGAGCCACUACCCCAACCCUCAUCUGGCCUCCACAAAAAGUCAGGGCCUCCAUUCAAUGCUGGGCUCCACCACCAGCCAAAACCACAGACAACAGAGCCAGCACCUGGCCACCACCAGGAGGUCUCGCAGCACUUUUCAACGCCAGAGAGGCAUGGAGGAGGAGGAAGAACUGGAAGGGGAAGGAGAGGAUGAAGAAGAAGACGAAGAGUUAGAAGAGGAGGAGAUGUAUGAAUCAGAGAUAGAGGAGGGUCAGCACGCCAGCAGGCAGUCUUAUGCUGCUCAAUAUGCUGAGAUGCGCAGAUGGCAAAAGUAACAUGCUGUACAUAGAAACACAUUCACAUACACAGAUACAAGUACUUUUACACAGUGCUGUCACUGUGUGGAUAAAAGCUACUUUUCCUUCAAUAUUAAUCUUAAAAGUAGAACGUGAUUCUCAGGUGCAGAUAUUCUUUGUAGUAUCCUCAGGUUGGUUUUUUUUGUUCACUCAAACAAUCUUAAUUCACCAAAACCAUGAAUUACAUGUUACAUCGCGAAAAGCUAUCAGCGGUUUGAGGGUGAAAAUAUUCACUGUUGUCUCAUUUCACAUCACUUUGCUUCCUGCCUGUGUCCCUCCACCUGUCUUAUUGGCCUUGAUUAGUUUGACACGUUCCCUGUUAGUUUUAACCCCCUUGUGUUAAGGUCAACAUUUCCUUUUUGAAACUUACAACCUUUCCAGGUACACAAUGCCAAAAAUGUUAAAAAAUUAUUGACUCUAACAAAACGAUGUUACUUUUCUGUACACACAUGUGGACCCUCAGCAGAUUAGCCUCCUUGCAUAUACUGUACAGUUUAAACAAAAUUGAGUAAGUAAGUACAUUUAUUUCAUGGCACUUUUAUACUUGGAAACCUGUCUAAAUAUUCUAUUCACAAGCCUAAUACAAAUACUGUUGACUAGUUCAUCCUCUCCCUCCCAUGGGUGCUGCCAUUGUUACGUGACGUUAGACAGCUGGUCCCUCAUGAGGGCAAGCUGACAAGUGGGAAUUCCAAUUUCAAUUUCAGUUGUACUUUUUCUUGCAGGAUGGCAGAAAUCUUUCAAAUAUGGAAGCAACUUUGUUGUCCCUUCUCACUUUGUCUUAGUACCUCUGAGGCUAGCAGUGCAGCUUUUUUUCCCCCCUUAUCCUGUGCUAACUGACUUACCCUUUUACUCCCCUACAGCUUGAUUUUAGAUACCUCUGCCUUUGGUCUUGGACUGAUUUUCUGUGUAUUGUACAACUGCUUCAAUAAAGACUUUUCCCAUCCA